UUCUAGGUUAUAAAAAACAGGUGAGAAAUUAAGCAGAAGGCAACAAUUAUGCAGCAAAACGAUGAAGUUUCAACUCGGCCAUCGCUAGCUUUUCCUGUUAGCUUGGCGCUGCUUGUGUUGCUGUUAUUGAGCGCCAGCAUCUUCUUCUUGUGUUGCCUCCAAUGGGACAAGCUUCGGUCUCUAUUUCUGUCCUCUGUGGAAGAAGGCAACCCUGACGAUCAUAUCCUACCAGAUUUAAAUCAGAAAUCUACUCGUCCAAACAUGAUGGAAAAGCAAAAUCAGCAGAAGAGCCUGACAGUGCUGAUGCCAGGAGAUCAGGUGCCAAAGUUUAUAGCAAUUGCUUGUCCAUGUCAGGCUCCAGUAAUGGAGAAGCUCACUGUGAUUGUGCAGAAGCCUACCCUUUUUCUUUAAUGGUGCUACUGUAUAUAGCUAGUAACUGACUAGUUUCAAAUGCUUAAUUCAAGGUGAUUUUUCUCUAUUCUUAACUUUUUGGUUUAUCCAAAAGUUGAAAAUUGAAAAGGAAGUAUAUAUUCUUGUACAAUAUUAUUUGUAAAGAAGAAAAUAUGGUCCAUUGUUGUUAGA